UAGAUAGGACGUCAAUUACGUUAGAUAUUUGACUGUAGCGAUUGUUCAUAUUGUACGCAUUGUCUCAGUAAUCAUAGUGAAAAAACACGGUUCCUUGUUGAUGGACUAGAGCUGAUAAAAGAUUAGUGCGACAGUAUUAUUUGAUCCUCCGCAUGAAAAACAUCUCCUCGACGAUAAGAGACCUCAGUGCUUGGGAGUGAGCUAAUUGAAUCAAUUCAACAAUCGUCUUCCGUUUAUUACAUCUCUGGAAAGUGCAUGUGAUUGUGUUCCAUCGCAAUGUUUUGAGUGUUGGUGAUGUGGACAUCAGAGUGUGAUAUUCGAUGAUUGUGGAUAAAAACUUUUAAUAGAAAAAAUGAACAGAAUACAAUUAUGUAUAGUCGUGGUCUGCAGUUAUGCUGUAUGUGCAAAACAGAUGACGGAUAUCGAGGCCCUUGCAUCAGCUCCAACGAGGUGCACCUACGAAUAUGCAUUUGACAUGUAUGGAGCACAUUGUGCUGGACUCAGAUUGAACAAAAUACCGAGUCUCAGAGGUGGAAUUGAGAUUCUCGACUUCAGUGACAAUAAACUGCAAGAAAUUCACGACGACACAUUGUCUUCGUACAGCAGUAUCAAAUUCCUUUAUUUGUCUGAAAAUCAAAUUUACUCCAUUGAAGAAAAUGCUUUCUUUUACUUAUCUAAUCUCCAAACCUUAGAUCUGUCUAAAAAUGUAAUCUUGGCUUUGCCCGAAUCCAUUUUCCAUUUAUCAUCUUUACGAAAGUUGUACUUAAAUGGAAAUCCUUUACUGCAUUUGCAUUUUAGCAAUCUUAAAUUGAGCAGACCUAUUCAGGCUCCAAUUGAGCUUUUGGAUAUAUCAGAGUGUAAAAUUAAAGUAUUGCCAGAAUGGGGAAUUCUACCACAAUUAAUUUUAUACAACAUCUCAAAUAAUCCAUUAACGUCUAUAGACGCAUUACACUUUAGCUCUAUGUGUAAGUUAUCUAAAGUCGAUCUUACAAAAUCCAUAGACAAUUUAAAGCUGUGCGACAUGAGAAUGACAAUAACUUGGUUUCAAGAAAAAAAGGUCUAUUUCCAGUUGGAAGACUACAGUAAAUUAAAUUCUAGAGAAUUCGAGAGCUGUCGCAAGGAGGAAAUACCGGCAAAUCUAAACGCAACUUACCAUGAAUGUCGCAGUUUGUAUAGACAGGAACAAAGUAUCAGAACAUCCCGUCGAACAUGGCUAACUAUAGGUGGUGGGUUAGCGGGUUUCCUUGUUGGAUUUGUGUUACUGUUAUACGUUAUGCAUCGACAUAAUGUAACACAGACGAAACGAGCCGAGAAAGAAACUAAGAAAAUCCCACCAGAUGGCGAUAGGCAAGCGUCUGCCGUUCUACUGAAUAAUGUAGCAUAAACAAUAUUUUCUAAUACUGCAUGCAAACUUAGUUACAUUUUUAUGGUUUAUAAUUACUACACCACAUUAUUAUAUCAUACCAUAUCACGUGAAGAGAUGCUUUAUAUAAUAUAUUGUUACGGUUUCAAAGAUAUUCGGAAAAGAAGUGCUAUAUUUUUGAACUAUUCUUAUUAAAUUCCAUUGAUAAGAAUUAAAUAUUUUGCCUAAAUACGAAGGAAAACAAUGAAACGCGAAUUUUAAACCUUUACUUAAACAAUUUUCAAAAACUCACGAAACGUUUUCGAAAAAUGUUCAAGUUACUACCUAAUUCACAUUAUUCGAUUAAGAAUCAUUAAACUGUUUUAAUAUUUUGAGGCUUUUGAAGGCUGACUAGUUUGUACUACAAGUAAUCAUAAUAUUAAUGUUGUAUGUUAAUGUUUGAAUGAGGCAAUUAUUGACUACAUGAGUUUAUGUUUUCUGUAAAUUGUUUGUUAUUAAAAUACAUUUCUGUAUAAUUAUAUAAAGAUGGAAUCUCUAGCCAUGUUAAGAUGAUGUGAUCACAUAAUAAUGUAAAAAACAAAUAAGAAAAAAAAAGUACCAACUUCAAUGUAAUAUAGGUACUUGUAGAUUUUUUGACAAUUGAAUAAUCGUACCUAAUAUUAAGCUGAAAUAAAAAAAAUACGCAGAAUAGAUUUUAAUUGAUUAUUUCUUUGAUAUUUGUUAUUUAAAAAAUAUUUAGGUAUUUUUACUGUGUAUGACACGUAUAAAAAUAAGUUGAUUUACCUAUAAAUAAAGAAAAGUCACAACAUAACGUAGUCAAUAAACAUUGUUAGUUUUUAAAUUUUUAUUAUAAAAUAAAAGGCAAAUUAUACAUGAGUGAACGUAUCACGAUUUUCUGGUGUAUUAUUGGAUAAUGAAUAUUGAAUAUUAAAAGAAUUAUACAAUGUCCCGUAAUUAGGAGAUCUUAUAGACUGCCUCUUCAAUUGGGUUAAUUUUUAAACAUUGAGUAAUGCGUACAUAUACAUAUAUCUUGUUUUAAUUAAUAAGUUUAUUCUUAUUAUGAUUAAAUUAGGUAUAUUUUAACGUAAAAAAUGAGGAGUUAAUUUUAUUUAUUAAUUUGGCUUAUUGUUUGAUAAAAUAAUGGAUUAAUGUUAUAGUACCAAUGCAAAAUACAGCUUCUUUUACGGGAUCCUGUAUCUACCUCUAAUUUUGCUAAUUGCCAAAGAGGAGAUAUCUGUGUGCCUUACCUAUGUAUGUUAUGCCAAAGAUAUUAGUAUUAAGACAAUUCGAUUUUAAUACACAGUUAUAAAAACUAUUUACAUGCUUUACUCACGUGUAUUUUACCAGGUACGUUUUACUAAAUUCUGUGAUACCUAAAAUUUUAACAAUAAUUAAAUUUAUUUUAUAUAA